AUGCUUGUGUCAACUGCAAUUGCCAUCACUUUGUUGUGUUUCUGCUCGCUCCAUUCUACUUUUGGACAGGACUGUCCUAGUAGACUGGAAAUACAGGGCUCUCUGAAGCAGGUCCAGAAGCUUCUCUCAGCCCAUGAAGCCUCUUACAUGCAGAGCCUUCGCAACUUGAAGAAGAAAAUAAACCUGUUGCAGAGCAGUGCAGGGAAGCAGAGCACAAGAGCCAUCAACAGUACCUGCCCAAAACUAGACACACCCAUCAAUGGCAGGAAACUUGGCAAGUCACACAGCACAGGCCAUGAGGUUCACUUUCUGUGUGACCCUGGUUAUGAACUUGUGGGGUCAGAGAGCAGGGUUUGUCAGGAAAGCCUGAGCUGGAGUGGCCAGCAGACGACCUGCCGAGACAUCAAUGAGUGUGCGUCCUUACCGUGCCUGAAUGGUGGGACAUGCGUGGAUGAAGUGAACCAGUUUUCUUGUGUCUGUGCCAAAGGCUGGUCUGGAGCCACCUGUCAGAGCCCCGUGCCAACAUUCUUUGUCACCAUAACAAACACCUCUGCCGCCACUGCUGCUGCUGCUGCUGCUGCUACCUUGCCUGCUGGCACCACUGGGCCCUUCGUUCGUCCAUCUCGAUGCACUAUAGUCCAGGGGACCACCCACUGCACCUGUGAGCCAGGAUACACCAUCUCUGGCAGGGACAGCAACACCUGCACUGAUAUAGAUGAAUGUGAGGUGUUCCAUAAUGCUCAGGCUGGGAGACUGUGUUUACAUGCUUGUGUUAACACCCCUGGAGGCUACCGCUGUUCCUGUCCUGUCGGAUACGAUUCAACCCGCGAUGGACGCAGCUGUAAAGACAUUGAUGAGUGCGCCACCAGACAAAACAACUGCACAAAGGACCAGAUGUGCAUUAAUACGUACGGUGGUUUCCAGUGUGUCCGUGUGGACUGUCCCAAAAUCCCUAACGCAACAUAUGUCAAGACGUCGCCCAUGCGUUGUGAACGUAACCCCUGUCCUGUGGACAAUAAGGCAUGCUCUCAGACCCCGAACUCCUUCUCCUACCAUUAUCUGGCUGUGGUGUCCAACCUGUCAGCUCCCCGCGUCAUGUUCAGGGUCUCAGCAUUACGUCCAAUGGGUGAUACACUUCGCUUCUCCCUGCUGGGGGGAAAGCUAGCCCGGCGCCACUUCACGGUCCAGCGUUCAGACCGUCAGACAGGCCAGCUGAUGCUGGUGAGCCCUGUUCAGGGUCCUGCCACACUGGAGGCAGAAGUGGAGAUGAGCGAGCUGGAGAGACGAGUCCAGCUGGGGAGGUACAUCACCAAAGUCACCAUGUUUGUUUCUCAGUACGAGUUCUAGAAAGGGAGGAAUGAAAUUGGAAACACAUUUAGAGAACAAAGGCCAAACAAAAGUCUGGUUUGGAUUUCGCUAAGGACACUAUUUAUGGAUGUGUGAUGAUCUGAUGUAUCGUGGUG